UCGAAUCGCCGAGUAGCGUCGAGCGGAUCGAUCCACACCGCUGUCAUGGCGCAAUACGCGUUGCUGCUGCUGUUACCGCCGCUUCUGAUCCUCCUUCUCCGCGUCUCUGCAGCUCCGGACGAACCCCGCAUUUUGAAGAUUGGCUCCGUUGAAGAGCACAAUAAAACCCAGACGUUUUGCUUCACACCGGCUAAGUUACAACUAAAAGAUAUUUGGUUGACAAUACAUGUGGAGGUGAAGGGAAAGAAUGGUGACGUGAAGUUGCUGAUGGGGCACAAUGCCACGGAGAUUCAACAGCAGGUGAGCAGCUGGCAUAGCUGGAUGUGGAGACGGGUGAGCAGUGGUUCCCGAGAUGUCUACCACUACUUCAACCUCGCCAACCAGACCUGCUUCUGCGUGGAGACGAGCGGCAUCUAUGAAGUCAAAGUCAUCCGUACCGCAUUUAGUUGGAGGUUAAUCGGCAUUCUCCUCUUUGGAAUUAUUCUUUUCUUCUAUGCUGAAAAUCUUAGUAGGAGUGCGACAUUCUUUUACUCAUCGGGUGUACUGUUGGGGAUUGUGGCAUCACUGCUCAUCAUCAUCUUUGUUGUUGGCCGCUUUCUUCCCAAGAGGUCGAGUGUUUACGCUAUAAUGGUGGGAGGAUGGUCCGCUGCUCUUUAUGCAAUGCAGUGGACUUACCGUCACCUAGGAGAAUUACUUGCUGAUCACAAGAUGUAUGUUGCUGGCUACCUGGCGGCAGUGGGCUUUGUGAGCUUUGCUGUCUGCUACCGGCUGGGACCUGUGACCAACGAGCGGAGCCUGCACAUCAUGACUUGGACACUACAGCUGCUUGCGCUUUUGUUCAUCUACAACGGCACGCAGAUCUCCACGAUCUCUUUUGCUAUGGUGCUGGUUGCCAUUACCAUGCGCCUGCUUCACUACCCAGUUCGUGCUGUGGCAUGGGUGUGCAGAAAAGUUGGGUUUAAGACACCUUUUAAGCAGCCCCCUGAGGUGCGCCUGCUGACGGAGGAAGAGUAUCAACAGCAGGGUGAGGUGGAGACUCAACGAGCCCUGGAAAGUCUCCGCGAGCUUUGCCGCAGCCCUGACUUCCAUGCUUGGAAGGCUGUCACGCAGCUCAACUCGCCAAGACGGUUUGCAGAUUUCGUGGAGGGCUCCCCACAUCUCAGCCCACAGGAAAUGUCACUGCACAGUCAGCAGUACAGCCAUCCAUGGGAAUUAGAAGAUGAGUGGUACAACUCAUUCAAUGAAGAUGAGGGUGAAGAGGAAGCCAUCUCCAACCACCUCAACCACUCAGAAUGACAACCAAGAUGUCACACCACAGAAGCUGCUUAGAUGACUGGUUUAAACGAAGAUGUACUAAGUGCAUAUUUAGGGCAACAAAAUGCAAGCAAUAUCAUCAAACAGCCUUUUUCUGUCCUUUAAAUAUUUGAGUCUUGCAGAAAUGUUUUACGUGGUAGAUUUUAACUGUGUUCUUCUUGACAUAUGUGUAUAUAUUGCCUUUUUAGAUGGCGUGUUAACAUUUUCGAUCUAUGAGAUGGCAAAAAAUAUGGUAUAUUCAAGUCGUCAGUCUUUUAUUCGUGGCGUGUUUCACGUACGACCAUUCAGUAUGGACGCUUGAUGUUUGAUUGUUAAACCAAUUAUGACAUGGAUUUAGCCAUAUAAAUUCUGAGAAUGCAUGCUGCACACCUAAGUGAAACCAUCAAUUCAAGAGUAAGCAUUUUGGUAUUGCUAAAAGUAUUUUUCUAUAUUGAGACAGAUGAGCUUCCACUAUCCCAGGUGAAGGAAUAUUGAGAUAAUGCGGUUCUGCUGGUAACACUUUACAAUGUAUUCUAAAUCUGUAAGAGCAAACCAAAUGUCCUUGUGCAACGUUAAGUAUGCAGCACAAUUUUAUGCUCUUGGUAUAAAUGUACAUAUUGUAUUGUGAUGGAUUUCCAAAAAUACUUGCACUGCUGGUCAUACUUGCACUUCGUUUUGGUGAGCUCUAACAAGAUUGUCGGCAGGUUUGAAUUGCAGUACUCGUAUUCAUUAACAAAGUGGUGCCUUGUAAAACUUGCAUCGUUGAGAAACGUGCCUUUUAAAUAUGCUCUUUUGUAGUCUUGAUGACUAGUGUAAUUCACCUGACCUCAUUUGAGCCAACAUUACAAAUACUUCUCCAAGCAUGUACAGAGGGGAACACAUUUGUUGGCCGCUUGCAGUUUUAUUUUUCCUACUGAGUCAAGUUGUAAAUGUAUAAUCGCGACUUGUGAAAUGUGAUAUUUUUAUUAGUUUUAUACAAUUUUUACUGCUUUGCUUCGUUAUUAAAGUUUAUUCAAUUGGGAAGGUUUUUUAAUGUUUUCUGUAACUGCAGGUGAAUAUACCCUGUCAGGAAAUUAUCAUCUUGAUCUUAUCUAUGUAGGGUCUCUUCAUAAUAAACUGACAGCCUGACCGUUGCAACGGGUACAGUCGCAGCCCAUUGGCCAGCUGUCAAGAUGCAACGGCCAGCACAUCCAACAACCACCUACAAGUUUAACACGUAGGCUUUUGCGACCAAUAUCCAUAACCAUCUACUAGUGCGAUUGGCUCACCAGUGCUCACUACAUUGGUGGGUUGUGAGUGGGAGGAGCCAAUUAGUGGAACCGUUCGAAACUCAGCCGGGAAAUUUUUAGAGAUGAGGGUUGGUUAAAGACCAAUUCGCGUUGGGUUUGAUGAAGGGCAAGACGUGUCUGAGAUGAUUGGAGGGGGGACUUGCUUUGUAAGGGCUUGAGAAAACGUCUGGCCUCACUCGGGACGACUCCGUGCGCGUUGGUGUUAACGGAAAUAAAUUUCCUCUAAACUA